UUUCUUGUUUAUUUUCGAUCUCAACACUAAAAAAAUUUCAGGUCAACCGAAUUCAGUCUUUAAAUAAAAUUAUGGACACGUUGCGCCAGAGUAUUUCACAGUUUUUCAAUAAAUCCAAGCCCAAAAGUGUGGAGAUACAGACAGAACCCAAACCAAAAGAUUCGAAAACAGAAAAGGAUUCUUUGGAACCCAUAACCUCUGGGGACUUGCCUACGCCAGAGAUAAAAAUAAAAAAAUUCAGCACCGAACCGAAUGUUGCCGAUUUUAAUUAUGAAAUGGAAUUUGUUGACUUUCUAGAUCGCAACUCACCCAAGGGUUUAUCCAAGAAGCUAAUAGAUAUGCUGCCGUAUCUAGAAAUUGGCUUCUUUUCCUGGCCAGCUUACUGGUUAUAUCGCGGCUACAAUUGGCAGCACAGGAGAAACACGGAAAGGAUUUCUUUCUACAUUCAAAGGACCUAUCAGCAGGCCAAGCUCAUGCAGGUGGCCAUUUUGGCCACUGGUGCUUUUGCUGUCAGCAUUUCACGUUCUCCCCUUCAAAUGCAAGGAAUGGAAUAUAAAAAACCCAAUGAAUCCUCUUAA